CUCCAUUUUGUAUCACUCGGUCGGUUUCUCCUUCCCUCCUCGUCACGCAAUGAUGGCGCCGGACGCAGAGGCUCCCCCUGAGGGUGCUGCCGCGGCGGCUGCGGGAGGAGGCAGCAGGGAGCCCCUGCAGGCCUCCUACGACACCACAUACGGAACAGGUGAUUGAUCAUGAUUGGACUGCCUGCACACGUUAGUGCCGUCACUAUGCAGUGUGCCAUUGCAGUGUAUUGCCAUUUGCACUGUCGGUGUGUUGGUGCACUGACUGCAGUGGCUCAGCCUCCUUUGAUGCCGGUGGUUAUCAACAUCCGGGAGUGGAGCGGGCAGUGGUCCGAUGGCCUGUUCAGGUAAGUCGACACGCACGGAUAAAUCAGGUCGACGUCUCGUCUGGUGUGUCUGCGCCUCUGUCUCUCCUGCUGCUGCAGCUGUCUUCGCCACCCCAUGAGCUGUCUGCUCGGGACCUUCUGCUGCUUUUGGUUUCUCAAAGCCGUCACUCUCGAGAAGACGCGACAUCUCAAGCUCAUCCUUGGUACUAAGAAGAAAGCCAUGAUGACGAUGAAUGCUGCUGGCGGUCCGCAUUUCUGUUGUCGUGUCGUGUCAGGCGUGGCCUUCUUCGGGCUGCUGUUCUUCCUCCCCUUCUGCUUCGACGUCAUCAUGUGAGCAGAGGAAAAGGUCGAGCCGACCCCAUGCUAUGCUGCUCAUGCCAUGCCAUGCCAUCCAUCUGCAUGGGCUGCAUGUGUUGCAGGGUCGGUCUGAUCCUAGACCUCGGCCCCUUUGUGCGAGUAGUCCAAACGAGCCAGCCAAACCCCUACGUCCCCCCUGUGGUCAAGUCCACCGUCCCAGCCACUACAAACGGUACCCUCCCAGCAACCCCCCCCCCCUCCCCCCAUCCCCGGCAGUCCCUCAAGGUGCCCAUCAUCGAGAGCAAUCCUGACACACAGGGACAGGAGCCAGGCCCGCUCAAGCCGGAGACGCCGUCCAAAAUGGGGGCGAUAUCGCCUUCGUUCAUCGGAGUGGCCUGGGGGACGAGCGGUGGCCCCGAUGUAUCUCGCGAGGAGACGUAUGUGGAGGUGAAUUGGCGGUGGGGGGUGGGGUGGCUGUGGGUGGUGCUGGUGAUCUGCAUGAACGCCCUGGGGGUUAUCUCGCUCUUGGCCUACUGGUGGUACCGGAAGGAGAUCCGGGCGCUGUUCCACAUCGCCUCCACCGACUCGUGUGACGACAUCUGCGUCGUGGCCAUGUGCCUCCCAUGCUCAGUGUGCCAGGAGUACAGACACGUCCUGCGAGCAUGCGGUGAGUACAGGCACACGCGCGGCGCUGUCUGCAUUCCCUGUCUGUCUGGUUGGUGCAGGUGACCUGAAGGACAUGUCGCCCAUCAACCCAGAUCUGCUUCCCGCCCGGCCGGUUGUGGUGCCGCCGGACUACUCACCGGCUCGGCAGGGGCGGCCGUCCGCAUCGCGGAGGCAGCAGCAAGAGGGAGGGGGAGGCGACGCACGUGCAGCCAUGCAUUGAUGAUCGGACGGAUGAAUGGAUGGUUGGAUGGAUGGAUGGAUCGAUGAGGAGAGAGGUGUUGUGUGAUGAUGACAGACAGACAGACACGCACAAGAGGCGGUUGGUUAGUGGCUGGCUGGGCGUGAGAAUGUAAAGACAGGGCGGAUGGAUGGAUGGAUGGAUAAGCUGAUGGACUGACUGAUGGAUG